UCCUGGGCUAGACCUUCUGCGGACCCGCUGGCUCCCGCUCCGCCAGGGUGGUGGGUGGUGCUCUCGCCGCCCCCUCCUUCCCCUGGGGCCCCGGAGAGCAGCGCGCUGGGCAAGAGUGCGCGCGCGCGCGGGCUUGCUGGGGAAAUCUUCCCUAGAAGCUGCCGAGUGUCGCCGACCUAGAGUAUCCCGGGGUCGAGCAAAGCCACCAAAGCAUUUGAGAGCUUCCUUAAAGAAAAACGGUGAAUGACAAAUAAGAAGGGAAACCCGUUUCCCCAGACGCUGGGUUUCCGAAGGUAGUGGGUCUUCCCGUAGAUGGUCUGGUAGGAACGCGCUUGGCGGCCUCUGGUACCCGGACUUAAAGUGGAGGUUAGGAGAGACUUGCCGGCAAGAGUUUCACCUGAUCUGGAAACCUGCAAAGAGAAUUGUAGGAAAACCGGUUGGAUCGGAGCCAGCAGCCACCUUCUGACCAUGCCUCGGUGAAGGGGGGCGGACUUCGAGGGCAACUUGUCGCGGACUACCUGGGCUCAGCAAACACAGGGGAAGAGGCCAAAAGCCCGGAACUGCUCAGUUCGGCACGGCGGGGGGCUGUUGUCUAUGUCUUCUUGUGGCGCUUGGCGGAUCGGGGUCUCGGUUUUGCAGGAAGAUCCCAGCGCUGGUGGUUUCAGGUGGCUGCCACCUCCUCUGCCGCGGUCGCCGCAAGUGCUGUUUCCACCGCUGGUAAAAGAAGCAGAGACACAAGAGCAGGGAGACCUCGGAGGCUACGAGGCAUCGGACAUGUGUCAGCACAUCUGGGGAGCACGUCCGAAGAGCCCUAGGGGAGAUUUGCAGAAACAAUUCAAACUGCGUUAUUGAUCUUGGGGGUGACUGUCCCUGGCCGGCUGUCGGGUGGGAGCGCGAGUGUGCGCUCUCUGGAGAGUGUGUGCGUGUGUGUAUGUGUGUGCAGUGUCGGGCUCCCCCCUUCCCCCCUGUUUUCCCGUCGAGUGAUGCACCUGGAAUGAGAAUCAGAGGAUGGAAAUAGUCUGGGAGGUGCUUUUUCUUCUUCAAGCCAAUUUCAUCGUCUGCAUAUCAGCUCAACAGAAUUCACCAAAAAUCCAUGAAGGCUGGUGGGCAUACAAGGAGGUGGUCCAGGGAAGCUUUGUUCCAGUUCCUUCUUUCUGGGGAUUGGUGAACUCAGCUUGGAAUCUCUGCUCUGUGGGGAAGCGGCAGUCGCCAGUCAACAUAGAGACCAGUCACAUGAUCUUCGACCCCUUUCUGACGCCUCUGCGCAUCAACACUGGGGGCAGGAAGGUCAGUGGGACUAUGUACAACACUGGAAGGCAUGUGUCCCUCCGCCUGGACAAGGAGCACCUGGUCAACAUUUCAGGCGGGCCCAUGACAUACAGCCACCGCCUGGAGGAGAUCCGGCUCCACUUUGGCAGUGAAGACAGCCAAGGGUCUGAGCACCUCCUCAACGGACAGGCCUUCUCUGGGGAGGUACAACUCAUCCACUAUAACCACGAACUAUACACAAACGUCACAGAAGCUGCGAAGAGCCCGAACGGAUUGGUGGUAGUUUCUAUAUUUAUAAAAGUUUCUGAUUCGUCAAACCCAUUUCUUAAUCGAAUGCUCAACAGAGAUACUAUCACAAGAAUAACAUAUAAAAAUGAUGCAUAUUUACUACAGGGACUCAAUAUAGAGGAGCUGUAUCCAGAGACCUCUAGUUUCAUCACUUAUGAUGGGUCGAUGACUAUCCCGCCCUGCUAUGAGACAGCGAGUUGGAUAAUAAUGAACAAGCCUGUGUACAUAACAAGGAUGCAGAUGCAUUCCCUACGCCUCCUCAGCCAGAAUCAGCCAUCACAGAUCUUUCUGAGCAUGAGUGACAACUUCAGGCCUGUCCAGCCACUCAACAACCGCUGUGUCCGCACCAACAUCAACUUCAGUUCACAGGGGAAGGACUGUCCUAACAACAGGGCCCAGAAGCUACAGUACAGAGUAAACGAAUGGCUCCUCAAGUAGGGAACUAAGCCAAGAAGAAUCCCACCUCAGUGAAAUUCUACAACUGUGAAUUGACGUGGCCCAGAAUGCCCCCCCUGCCCCCUCCCC